GACCGGCUGUUAAAAGAGAAUCUUCAUAAUUAUUUCAAGGAACCAGAAAAGUGGAACACUUUAGAAUACUUAAUGUUGAAUUAAUUGGCAAGAAAAUGAAAGUAAAAUGUGUUCAAUAUGAAGACAGAAAUUUCCAUCUAAUUGAGUAUUUUGCGUUGUUAAAUUGGUGAUUAAAGCUUAGCUUUAACAGCAAUAAUUGGCAGGAAAUUUAUUACUGCCUAAAUAGUGGACAUUAUUAUUUUAAUUAGAUGAAAUGAUGAAGUUCCUGUUGAUUAUAAUGACGAUGAAAGCAAUCACCAUAAAGAGUAAGGUUCAAAGAUUAAGUCAAACCUUGAAUUGGACUGUUUAUCGAGCCACUACUAGCCUCUCCAAGUGAACAUUGAUUGUUAACAAUAAGAUGUCUGCUUACUCAUCAACUGGUCAACUUGUUCUUAUUUUUAUACUCACCUCUCACUCUUCCACUACCUGUUUGUAAAACAGUGAACUGUUGUUUCCCGGAUCACCUUAAUAAGCUACUAUUCAAAUGAACAAGAAACAACAUUUCACUCAUCAUCAUUAUUAUUCUCUACUAUUAUUACUUACCUGAUUAUCAUCUCAUUCUGUUUAAAGAAUGGACAACAAGUUAUUUUCAGAUCAUCAAAAAAAAAUCACCACAAACUUUCACUUUAGUCGGAAAACAAGAAGCAAAUCUUAUUCGCAUUCAAAGUUUAAACUUUUCCUCAUUACAUGAAAUAAGUCCAUCUUCAUCUUUCUCCUUAUACCCGUCAUCUUUUUUUAUCAUUUUAAAGCUUUACCCUUAACAUCUUCAUCAUACACUUUCGUUGUUUGCCUCACACCAUUUGGCCAACCAGUCCAGUCAACAUCACCUAACUGUACAUGUUAACCUUUGAAUACGUUCACUUUAAAUCUAUUAGUUUCAUCUUAAAAUCAUCACCAGUCUAUCCAGAAAUUGGGUCAAUUCAUAAAGAAAACCAAUGAACUUUUUCCAUUGAAGGAUUAAAAGGAAAUCUGCUUUUCAUUUUCAUCUACUCUUCGAUCUUUUAAAAUCUCGUUGUUUCAUCUUGAAUUCACAAACCAUGUCCAACCAUCAAAUGAAUUAUCUAACUUCGUUUGUUCUGCUCUCGUUGAUUCAGUUUAUCAUCAUCACUGACGCUUCACAUAGUCCUAAGCUAAAAGUUAAUUUUGGUGUCAAUUUACCAGCUUUAAGCUUCAAAUUGCCCUCAAUGUCUCUACCAAAAAUGCAGAUAACAGCAGUUAUUAAAGGUUCCAGACCUAAACCAAUGAAUAUUCAACUGCCAGCUAUAAGUCUCCAUGCUAAAUCAUUGGAAGACACUUGGGGGAGUGAAGGUGGUGAAUACAAUCAAGGCUAUUCAGGAUACUCAGGAGGAAACAAUGGAAACAGUGUCGAUGAAGGAAAGCCAUAUGAGACUGGAUAUGCAAGUGAAAAUGAAGAGGAUUUUGCUGAUCCUAAUGAGGAUACCUUUGAUAGUGAAGAUCAAAGUGAAACUAAUGGAGAUCAACAAUUUGAUAGUCAAUACAAUUCUGGUCAAUCUGUUAACCAAUCACAUGUUCAACCACCUAAUGGCAACAAUUAUCAAAAUAACAAAGGUUUCUACGAAGUCCAAUCUCCUAACAUGAAUCCAGCAAAUGGCCAGCCAAAUAUGAUGAAUGGACAAACAACUGUCAAUCCUGAGAAGAAUCAACCGAUAAAUGGAAAUUUGUUUCCUGAAAUGGUGCCAAAUCAAAAAUAUCAACAUCAGAUGAAUCAUAAUCAACCCAGAUGGAACCAAAAUGCUGUGCAAAAUCAGCCAAUGAAACACUUGAACCCAAACAACCAAAUUUAUGGAGGACACAACAUGAACAACGGAGAAAGGCAUUUCAUUGUUAAAUUACCUCACAAUUUACAGUUGCCACAGGGUCAUUUGGUAAACAAUGGACUGAAUGGACAUCAGCUAAAUGGUAAUGAUAACGAGAAUUUUAUCCAUCAAUUACCUUAUCUGAAGAGAAUUGUUGUUAACAAUGAACCAAUCCGAUUAGCUAAUCCAAUUGCUUUCAAUAACAAUGACUACAGAGCUCAAAUAGCUAAUAAUCAAGCUGGCUUCUCUAAGAGAUCGAUUAUCGUUCCUAAUUAUUACAGAUAUGCCAUUUUAGCUUGAAUUUGCUAUAUUAUUCAAUUUUAAUUUUUAAUGUUUCAUUUUUAUUUUUAACUUUUACAAUCAUAAUUUACUCCAAUUAUUGACUACAUCGGAGCUUUUCAAAUAUUUUCUAGUUAAUGGCUAAAGCUUUAAAUUAAGUUUAAAAAAGUAAGAAACAAAUGAUAAUUUAAACUAUUGUUUUAUUUUCACAAAUUUAUCUCUUGUAUCCAGGUUUAGUCAACAGUCAGUUGUAAAACAAAACCUAAAUUGAGCAUAAAAUGUUCAUCUUGACUCUCAUACAAAACAAUUUUCACAUGUUAAUCUUGAUAAAGAGAAACAAGAUUUAUAUUAUUUAAUAAUAAAAUAACUAUUUAACUAAAAC